UAUGCUCUACAGAUGUAGUAAAGAAUACGCCGGAGAGUAUUGCCAAUAUACCAAUCCAUGCUCCAGUAAUCCUUGUUCGCAGAAUGGUAGAUGUAUAAAAGUACAGUCGAUCGACGUUGGUCUGUCAUGGAAAUGCGAAUGCCUGCCAGGUUGGGAUGGGAAAAGCUGUGAUCUAAUGACAUCAAAUAAUCCCUGUAGGAACUCGCCGUGUAAAAACGGUCUUUGCUUUCCUAAGGGUACUUCCGGAGGCUUUUACUGUACCUGUUUUAAACGCUAUAGAGGAGAUUUAUGCGACCAAGUGGAUUAUUGUUUUAGUGGUCCUUGCAAGAAUAAUGCUAAAUGCGAAUCUCUUAGCAAUGGUUUUAAGUGCAACUGUCUCCAAGGUUUUACUGGGAGAACAUGCGAAACAGAUAUAAAUGAAUGUGAUUUCCAAAAGAACCUAUGUGUAAAUGGCGGAACCUGUGAAAAUUUAUACGGUUCAUAUCGUUGCAAUUGUCCUCCUCACUAUACUGGUUUGAAUUGUGAGAGCCAAUUUAUACCCUGCUCACCUUCACCUUGUAAAAAUAAAGGAAAAUGCAUAAAGACGUCACAAUACGACUAUAAAUGUGAAUGCGAAUCUGCAGGUUACGAAGGUAAACACUGCGAAAAGAACAUAGACGAUUGUCAAUAUGCUAAUUGUCAAAAUGGUGGAACCUGCAUUGACGGAAUAAAGGCCUUUAAAUGUAAUUGUCCUCCUUCUUUCACCGGAUCAAACUGUGAUGUAGACGUCGAUGAAUGUCUUCUAAAGACGGAUUUAUGUAAAAAUGGCGCUACAUGUGAAAAUGCAUUUGGAUCUUACCGAUGCAUUUGCGUUAACGGUUGGGAAGGUGAAAAUUGUGAUGUUAACAAAGAUGAUUGCAAAGACAAUCCCUGCUCUAAUAAUGGUACUUGCUUUGACAAAGUUGGAUAUUUUAUUUGUCAAUGUAAACCUGGUUGGACUGGACUAAGAUGCCAUUUGAAAGAUCAAUGUAAUAAUACACCUUGUAAGCAGGGAGCAAAGUGUAUAACGAAUAUCGAUGGAUCGGCGCAUUGUAAAUGUCCGGAAGGAUAUAAGGGAGGUCGCUGCGAAAUUGAUAUAAACGAAUGCGAAGAUUUUCCCGAUCAGCCUUGUCGUAAUGGACGAUGCGUAAACUUACCUGGAAAGUUUAGAUGUGACUGCGAUAAGGGCUUCACGGGUGAAAGAUGUGAAGUGAAUAUUGAUGAAUGCAAAUCAAACCCUUGCAAGAACGGAGCUACGUGCUUAAAUUUUCCAGGCUACUUUAAGUGUUUAUGCAUUCAAGGUUUCACUGGCGCUCUCUGCUCUAAAAAUAUCGAUGAUUGCAAAUCUUCUCCUUGUGUUUAUGGAAAAUGCAUAGACGGCGUUAAUAAAUUUCUAUGCAAUUGCUUCGAAGGUUAUGAAGGUAAAACAUGCGAUAAGAAGGUCAACAAAUGUAAAAACCAACCCUGUAAAAACCGCGGAAUUUGCGUAGAUAACGGAGACAGCUUUUUUUGUCAAUGUAAAUCAGGAUUUACUGGCCCAACAUGUGAAGAUGAUAUAAAUGAAUGUUUAUCAAAUCCCUGUCAAAAUGGUGGAACCUGUCUUGAUAUGGAGAAUCGCUAUGAAUGUCGCUGUCCAGAAGGCUUCACUGACGAAAUGUGCAUUAGCCAGACCAACGAAUGCGAUUCGAGUCCUUGCGUAAAUGGCGGAAAAUGUCGCGAUGGUGUUAACACUUAUACUUGCGAGUGUCCGAAAGGUUUUAUCGGUAACCGUUGCCAACAAGAAAAUAGUCCUUGCAAUUCGAAUCCAUGUCAGCAUGGAGCUACUUGUAUAAGCGAGCAGUCAUUCUACCGAUGUGUUUGUUUAGAUGGUUUUACUGGUGAAAAUUGUCAAGAAAAUAUUGACGAUUGUAAUCCAUCACCUUGUAUACAUGGUACCUGCUCAGAUGACAUUAACGGAUUCAUUUGCCAUUGUGACUAUGGAUUCACAGGAAAAACCUGUGAUACCCAAUUGGCUCCAUGUAAGGACUCUUUGUGUAAAAAUGGAGCGCUAUGUGUGCCUACUGAUAAAUAUAGCUCUUACGAAUGCCGAUGUGCAGAUGGAUAUACUGGAAAAUAUUGUGAAGAUGAUGUCGAUGAGUGCAAAAAUCCUGAUAACUGUCAAAAUGGAGGCACAUGCGAAAAUAUGGAAGGAGAUUACGCUUGUAUUUGCACCAAUGGAUACACUGGUACCAAAUGUGAUACUGAAAUAGACGAGUGUGUUUCGAAUCCUUGUCGUAAUGGUGGAGAGUGCAAGGAUCUCAUCGGAUACUAUACAUGCAAAUGCCAACUGGGAUUCGACGGAUCGAAUUGCCAAUUGGAAUUGGACGAAUGCGCAUCCAACCCAUGUCAGAAUGGUGCAUCUUGUCAUGAUUAUGUUAAUUCAUACACCUGCGAAUGUAAAAGAGGGUUUUCUGGAGUAAAUUGCCAGAAUAAUGACAAUGAUUGCUCCGACAGCUCUUGUCUCUAUGGCGGAACAUGUGCGGAUGGUGUUAAUACGUUCACAUGUGAAUGCGCAGUAGGAUUUCGCGGAUCAAAUUGCCAAAACCGAGUGAAUCCCUGCGAUUCAUCGCCAUGUAAACAUGGUGGUCAGUGCAGGAAUAAAAAAAAUACUUUUCAAUGCGUAUGCCCCUAUGGAUAUACGGGACCAAAGUGUGAAAUCCUUAUUCAAUGGUGUAUCGAAAAGAAGCCAUGCUUAAACGGUGGUACUUGCAUGCAAAUUGGUACAGAAUAUCAAUGCGAGUGUAAAUCUGGAUGGACAGGUGAACUGUGCGAUAUGCAAUCAGUUACGUGCCAGGAUGCAGCUGUUGAAAGACGAAUAGGCGUAAACGAUUUGUGCGCUAAUGGAGGAACUUGUAUAAAUUUGAAUAACUAUAAGCAUAAAUGCGAAUGUCAAAGUGGUUAUGAAGGAAGUUACUGCACUGAAAGAAUUGAUCAUUGUAAAUCACAGCCAUGUUUGAAUGGAGCAGAUUGUUUUAACCAAUUAAACGGAUUUAGGUGCGAAUGCUCCGAUGGAUUCCAGGGUCCAAUUUGUGAAUACGAUAGCGAUGAGUGUGCCAGUAAACCGUGUCAAAAUGGCGGUACAUGCCAUGAUCUAAUUAACGCCUUUCAUUGCUCGUGUGUGCCGGGAACAAAGGGGAAGUUUUGCGAAGUGAAUGAGAACGAUUGUUAUGAAAAUGCUUGCUAUCAUGAUGGUGUUUGCAAAGAUGGAAUUGGAACAUUUACAUGUGAAUGUCCACCAGGCUACGUUGGUCAUCAGUGUGAAGGUGACGUUAAUGAGUGUUUAUCGGGUCCUUGUCACGGAAAAGGAACGAAAGAGUGUAUACAAAAGGUCAACGAUUAUGAAUGCGUAUGUCGGGCAGGAUACACUGGGCGAACGUGCUCACAAAUGGUCAACUACUGCGAGGUGAAUCCUUGUCAGAAUGGCGCAACUUGUAAAGUUGGUGAGACGGGUGCAGUGUGUUUGUGCAAGAAGAAUUUUUCUGGACCUCUAUGUGAAUUUCACCACGAUAAAUGUUCAAGUCAUCCUUGCCUGAAUAACGGAACUUGCAAACCAACUGAAAAAGGUUUCAUUUGUAAAUGUAUUUUGGGUGUUGGUGGACCAUUAUGCAACAAAGACAUUUAUAAUGAAUGCACAUCAAAUCCUUGUCAGAAUGGAGGUACAUGCUUAAAUAAAUUUGGUUUUCAUCAGUGCAAUUGUCCACGUUUCUGGAACGGUGUUAACUGCGAUAAAUACGACUUAUACUUUAAUGGUGGUAUAGGUUAUCCUCCAACAUCUGCUCCAGCUACACCCCCGCCAAUAGACAGGAUGGAACAGUUGUGCAAAGAGAGAGAUUGUCCAGCUAAAGCCGGAAACGGAAAAUGUGAUGAGGAAUGCAAUAAUUACGCCUGCAAAUACGACAAUUUGGAGUGUUCGUUUGACAUGCUACCAUUCAAAAAUUGCUCAGCCAUCAAGCACGGAGUAGCUUGUUACGCUUUGGCGAAUAAUAACAAAUGCGACGAGCCAUGUAAUAGCGAAGAGUGUUUGUUCGACGGUUUUGAUUGUGAUGAGAAAGAAUGUAAUGCCGCUUACUCAAAAGGAUAUUGUGCCAAAAAUUACGCUGAUGGUGUUUGCCAAGAUGAAUGCAAUGUUCCAGAAUGUGGGCUAGAUGGUGGUGACUGUUCCAAUCUUGAUAAAGCUUUAGAAGGAACAAUUUUAAUUCAUCUUAGGAAUGUAACGCCCAAUCAAUUCAGAGAUCAGGAAGAGGAAUUUCUCUAUGGUCUAGGUCAAGUACUUAGAGGAGUAGUAAAAGUAGCUCUCCAAAAGGAUGGAACUAAAAUGAUUUACCCGUGGAUUCCUGAUCAAACAAGGGUGAAACGGUACGUUGACAUAUUAUUAAGAAGAAUCAAAAGGGCUGAGAAAAUUGGAACUAAAGUAGUCUUGACCUUGACUAAUAGUAAUUCCUGUACAAAGGAAUGCUUCACGUCUGUUGAUAAAGCCGCAGAAUUUUUAGCACAUUCUCUUCAAACUGGUGAUUUUAAAUCAAAUUUCAAAUUUGAUCGUAUUCAAGCUCAACAACCUACGCGGCCAGGUGACCCAUCAGAGAACUCAGGAGGAGAUCAAACCGUAUUAGCUGUCGUAUCUUGCAUCUCGAUUAUCGUUAUUGUCACGCUUUUAGUAUUGGUGGGAUAUACAUAUCGUAGAUUGAAAAGGAGAGCCGAUGGAAAACUAUGGCUACCCGAAGGCUUCCGCUUCAAAUCUGGAUCUGUUCCUUCCCCAGCUUAUGGGCCAGGUGCAGUCAGGAAAUGUCCGGAAGGUGAAGAGCACAAACAAAAUAAUAAAAAUGCAUGGAAGGCGUUAGAGUUCAUUCCGGGUAACGCACCUGGAAAUGAUGAAGAAUUUCCUACCGAUGAUCUUCCAAGCGAAGACGAAUGUCCUAAAGCUAAAAGAAUUAAACAAGAGAAAAUUGACAACCGACAGUGGACACAGCAGCAUUACGACGCUCUUCAAUUGGAAAAUAACUUAACUCCACCUCAUCAAGACACCUUUACCGAUUCAGACACUGUAAAUGCUAAAGGUCCUGGUGGCUUUACCCCAUUGAUGUUGACAGCCAGCAUUCAAAAUACAGUACCAAAUGCUGCGAUUAUUAUUGACGACUUACUAAAGAAAGGAGCGGACAUAAAUUUGCAAACUGAUCAUAAUGGAGAAACAGCACUACAUCUUGCAGCAGUUAAUGGAAGAGCUGAUGUUGUGGAAAAAUUAUUAUCCGUACAGGCUGAUCCUAAUAUUACCGAUCACACAGGCAGAACUCCUCUUCAUCGUUCUGUCGCAGCCGAUUCACCAUCUGUUUAUAAAGUUCUAAUGAGAGAUCCUAGAACAGAUUUGAAUGCAAGGAAAGCAGAUGGACGAACCGCUUUGAUGCUAGCAUGCAGUUUAGCAAUAGAUGAUGCCGUUGCUACUUUGUUAGGCGCCGACUGUGAUGUAAAUAUAAGUGAUAAUGACGGAAAAACAGCUCUACAUUGGGCAGCUUUAGUCGACAAUGUCUUUGCUGUUCAAUCUCUACUGCAGAAGGGCUGUAAUAUAGACGCCCAGACGUCAAAAGAUGAAACUGCUUUACUUUUGGCUGCAAAGGAGGGUAAUUUUCCAGUUGUUGAAAUUCUUUUAUCUUGGGGAGCAAAUCGUGAUAUAACUGACUAUCAGGACCGUUUGGCUAGGGACAUUGCCAGCGAUAGGAGAUUUACCGCUAUUGUUGAAUUACUCGAUCAAACAUCAGCUGAUUUGAGAUUAGGCGUACAGCAAAAUAUCUGUCAGACAACUAAACCACGAAAAAAACGAUCUAAUAAUAAAGAUACGGAUCGUGAGAAGAAACCUCGAAAGACUAAAAAGCAGAAAGAAGCCGAAAAACUUCAACAAACGCGAUUAACUCCCCCUUACCACCCUCAUGCACCAGUUAUAAAAACUGAGGAAAUGCCGCCUGCAUGUUCUAAAGCCUACAUUCAGCAACCAAUUCCUGAGUUUGCAAUGACCACUGAGUGCAUACCGGUAGCUCAUUGGACGACAACAUUAACGCCUGAAACUGAUAACAACUUGGCAUCUCCAAGUAGCAACGGAAGCGUUUGCAAAAAUGGAUCUCCCUCUCGUUACCAAGGCGCUCAGAUGGCUCAGCCUCAAUAUAACUCCUAUUAUCCAACGCCACCUAGUCAAACGUCAUCUAAUAUAAUGCCCCUAACACCUACACCAACUCCUACAACCCCAUCAUCUCCCGGUCAAUGGGAUUCUUGCUCACCGAAUAGUGAUGCAAACUGGUCGGACGACACUCAUAGUCCUCUGCAAAUGCAACAAAAGCCUAGGCCGAACAAAUAUUACAUUUGA